UGUUUAAUAUUAUGUUUCAUUAUUUUUAGGGUCAAAAUGCAUGUGGAAUGACAUGGAGGGAGUCUGUGUCAACUUCUACAGAUGUUUUAGUGCACCAGAGUAUGUGAAGAAUAGAACUCACCCGCCGAUUUGUUCAUUUGAUGGCAAUGUUCCCAUAAUCUGCUGUACCGAUUGUCUUUUCUUUCAAGAUUUAAGGAAGAUCAGAUGGAACAAUAAUAUUGGGUUUCUUCGCUUCAAUGGGCCGAAAUCUAAAGAUAAAUGUCUGAAUUAUGUAGAUGCCUUGCCAUACCCUGAUAAAACGAAAUAUACUGCUAAAUUAUUAAAGCAUUUGGAUCCGAAUACAAAAUGCUAUGUAAUCACUCAGUCUAUUGGCAGAAUUAAUACGCCUUUGCCUCCUCGAAAAGCAGCUUAUAUGGCUCAUCUUGCCAAUUUAGAUGAUAUCGGUGAUGUGAAAUUCCUAUGUGCUGGUGCUAUAAUAAGUGAAAGAUUCGUUCUGACUGCCGGACAUUGUGUAUCAGGGAGUGUACUAGGACCAGUAAAGUACAUAGCUGUCGAUUUUAUGAAAACAGAUACUUAUGCCCCACUGUGGCAGCUGUAUACGGUAAAGAGGACUGUCCCUCACCCAGAUUACCAGCUUCCCUCCAAAUACCAUGAUAUAGCUUUAGUGGAGACGAAGAAAAUGAUCACUUUAAGUGACUUGGUGUUACCAGCUUGCCUGUAUAUGGAGACAUUUGAUCGAAAGAGAGUUAGAGAAAUCAUUAAGGCCUCCACGGUAGAUAACCAGAACAAUUUGGAACCGGCAACACUUGAGGAACUGGACGACUUCGCGUGUUCAUUCUUGUAUCCAACUCGGGAGACACUACCUAAAGGAUUUAACACAACAAUACAGACUUGCUUUGGGAGUACAGGGGAAGCAGAUUCUUGUCAGAGUGCGACAGGUGGCCCCCUGAUGUCUGAGCACCUCGCAGUCAGCUGUGCGCCCCUGGUCUACGGAGUGACAGCAUCCGACAGGAUCUGCGGGCCAGCUGGUAGCUCAGGACUAUAUACCAGGGUCAGCUAUUAUGUACCCUGGAUUGAGAGCAUCGUGUGGCAUUAGUUUAGCAGAUCUCAAUGUAAAUCCCUUUAAAAAAGAACUAAUAUUAUUAAAGAGUUAUUGAAAACAUGCCUUUUGGUUUGCCUGUAUACUUAAGUACACAUGUGUCAGGUAGAAAGCGUAAAAAAAUAGUAAAUACAUUCGAAACCUCUACAAUUGACUAUGUUCCUCUACUAAAUUAUGCAUAGAUUAAACUUAAAAACUUUCCUAAUGAAUCACUUUAUCUAAUAAAAAAAACCGCAUCACAAUCCGUCAAGUCGUUUCAAAGAUUUAAGUUGUCAAGAGGAAAUAGAGAAAAAGCGCUUCUGUUUUAUAAUAUGUAGUGAUGAUGUUAUGAAACUCUAAGCCUGUAUGUAUUCAAUUGAACUGUAAACAUUAUAAUAAUUAUGUAAAAUACUGUUUGUUUCCUAAACAAAAAUAGAAAUAUAAAAUAGAUGCUGAAACAUAGGUGUCUAACUAACCUACUUGGAGUGGAUGCUAUUCAUUGUGUCAAGACGUUAAUUACCUACUCCAUGCAUGUUACCUUAUAUAUUAUGUAAACAUCAUUUUGGCAAUAAAUAAACUAAAUUAAAAAAAUAUGAACGUUUUAUAAAACCAUAAGAUUCUUAGGCCUCAACAAUGUACAUAUACACGGUGAUUUUUUAGUCGUCUUACAAAAGGAGCCCAGUUCAUGUA